AUGGGAGACUCUUCAGGAAUAAAACCCUUUUUAUGCGACACAAUUGAUAAAGCAAACAUCAGAAAUGAAUGGCAAAAAUGGAUACGAUCCUUUCGGCUAUAUCUUGACUCUGAAAUUAUUGCGGGCCAAACCAGGAAACGAAAUAAGCUUUUACAUCUGGGGGGAAGCCAACUACAGGAAGUAGCCUACAGUAUACCAGGGGCAGUCGUAGACGAAGAAGAAAGUUUUGAUAUUUUGGUUGGCAAGUUAACAGAGUAUUUUUCUCCAAUCCAAAAUUCUACGUUUGAGAGACACACGUUUAGGAAUAUUAAAGCAGAUAAAGGAGAAACACUUAACAAAUUUCUGCUAAGGGUCAGACAGCAAGCCUCUAAAUGCAUCUUCGGCAGUACAAGUGAAGAGGCUUUAGAAAUAAAUAUCAAGGACAAAUUGAUCGACGAUUGGGCUCCAGUAGAACUAAAAAGGAAACUAUUGGAAAAGGAACGACCACUCACCGAAAUUAUCGACCUUUGUCAAAUACAUGAGCAAAUAAAAACUCAAACCAACGUUAUGGACGCGUACCCAGUAGGAAUGCCAUCGACAUCGUCAUCAGUUAAUAAAAUUAACGUAAACGCUACUAUGAAGUCAUGUGGCAGGUGUGGAAGUGUCCGGCAUGACUCUAAUUUCGAAAGAUGCCCGGCUAAAGUAGCUAAGUGUUAUAAAUGCGACCGGGUUGGACAUUUUUCCAUUAAAUGUCACACGAAGUCACAAAAGCGACCCCAACCACGAUCAGCGAAUACCCGGUACAACAAGAGAGGGCGGUUCUCGUCCAGCGUUAGAUAUGUCGAUAACCCAGAUGAUCCAGAAAGUGGCAACAAUGAUAGAGACUCGGAUAAGAACUAUGAAUGUUUUAAGCUUAAUGUGGCAAAGGAAAGGACUGACCAGCGAGAUGAACUAAUGGAAUGCUGUGUUGGUGGAGUUCCCGUGACUUUGCUAAUCGAUUCCGGAUCUAAAGUCAAUAUCAUCAAUGGAUCGGACUGGAAGCACUUAAAAUCCAAUGAAGCUGUGGUAUGGAAUGUGGAAUCCGACGUAAAAGCAUCUUUGAAAUCCUACGCAGUUGGACAACCCUUGGAAAUUCAACGGCAAUUUGAGACAACCAUCAUGACCCCGGACAAGAAAGAAAUUAUUACCUCUUUCCUAGUUGUGAAGCAAGGGGAUAUAUCUAUAUUAGGGAAAGAAACGGCUCAACGUCUUGGGGUGUUGAAAAUAGGCCUAGAUAUAAACAGAAUUGUAGAGAUUCAACCUUUUCCGAAAAUUCGAAACGUAAUAGUCCAAUUGUCCAUUGAUCAGUCAGUAAAGCCAGUCCAACAACCGCUUAGACGUGUACCGAUAGCUAUCGAACCACUAGUCCAACGGAAAUUGGAAGAAGCACUACAACGAGACAUAAUCGAGCCAGUAGAAGGUCAUAGUCCCUGGAUAUCACCCAUUGUCAUCACCUUUAAGGCUGACGGAGAUAUUAGAAUCUGCAUUGAUAUGCGUAGGGCCAAUCAAGCAAUCUUGCGUGAAAACUAUCCCCUUCCAACUUUUGAUACAAUCAUGACUAAGUUAGCUAAAGCCAACUAUUUCUCUCGGUUGGAUUUGGAAUGGGCUUACCAUCAAAUUGAGCUGGACCCAGAGAGUCGCCCAAUAACGACUUUUAUUACGCAUCGAGGGAUGUUUCGUACAAGAGGCUGUUGUUCGGGGUAA